CACGAUUCGCAUGCGUUGAAAUCAAGAAAUACACCACCUUCAAUGCAGUCGACAACUACUAGUAGAAGCCUGACUGCCACCUCCUCCACCCUCCCUCGACCGAUCCUGGCCUGAGCAGCACGUCGAGAGCGCGCCUCCGCGAGGAGCACCUCGACUGCUGGCCGACAAGCGAUGCAGCACCAGUACCAGGGAGGGCCGGGGCCUAAUAUCCCGCCGGCUCUCCCUCUGCAUCCUCAGCAGCGAAGAGACUAUCACGCAUACCAUCAUAGCCCACAGUCGUCGAUGCCGCCGCAGCACUAUUAUGGCUAUAAUCCACAAUACUAUGCUCAUCCUCCGCCGCAGCCAUAUCAAUGGCGCCAACCAUACCCGCCUCAGCAGUACCUGCCACCGCAGCACAUGCAACCGCCAUACCAGCGCUCGUCAAUCGUUGUCACUUCCCAACCGCAUCUCCAGCAGCCGAUGACGCCCGUCACACGACAGCCGAACCCUCUACCUGCUCCACCGCCGGCGACGCAAUCGCCACGACCCGUGCACAAGUAUAACCAUCAGCAGCCUCCAGCAGCGACUCCUUCACCCGCGCCGACUCCCAGUGCAUCUCUACCUCCUGCUCCGUCUGCUGCUGCAAGUCCAAAAGAGCGUAUGGACACGCCUCCGCCUCCGCCUUCGCGCAGGCAGUCUGGUGCACAGAAUCCUCUAUUGCUACCACCAGAACACAAGCAGCCCUUCUGGCCAGAUCUUCCGUGGUACUCGGUACCAGAGAGCCGAACUGCUUUUCCCACACGCGCCACUCCACGCCGCCGCCGACGACGAAACAUCCGCCCACAGAACGACAGCGUUGCGCUACCGGCGCUGGAGACUGACUCGCAAACGCUCUCGAACGAAGAGCCAGCGUCUGAGGCCUCGACCAUUGCUGCUCCUUCCGAGCCAGAGACUCCUGCUACUAGCCAAGCGCCGUCCGAAAGCGAGUUCACGACUGCCUCAACGCCCGCGACACCCGCUCAAGCGCCCACCGCUUCUCCAAAGCCAACGCCAACUCAGCAAGCCCACACGAGAAGAGAUACCAGGACCGCUAUCGCUGUGCCCUCUAUACCGGGCAUUAGCAAGCCAAAAGAGGCUGCACCGCCAAGAGCAUCAAGCAAGGAAGUUUCUGAGAAGGCUGUUGAGGAUACCACACCCAAAGCAGAGGCACAACAAGCAACCUCGGACCAUGAGGCGGCAGCGCCAGUAGUCGAGGAAGACCCAAAGCCGCCACCUCCAAAGCCCGCUCCUGCGCCAAAGUCUUGGGCAGAUUUGGUCAAGCGCAACACAAAGACACAGGCUCCUGCUGCGAAAGUAAAUGGCGAAGUCAUCACCAACGGAUUUCAGCUCCCCAAGUCCGCUUCUCUCGCCGAAGCACUCAAACGGUACCGAGUGCAAGGCGGUGGCGCACUCAACUUUCUCGAACCCCGAGGGCUUGUAAAUACUGGCAAUAUGUGCUACAUGAAUUCUAUUCUUCAAGUUCUUAUAUUUUGCGUACCAUUCUACAACUUCCUGGAUCAAGUGCGGCAACGGACCGUGCAUUCGAUGAAGAGCGGAACUCCUCUGGUCGAUGCUAUGAUCAUGUUCAUGAGGGAAUUCAAGGUCUUGGCUAGCGCGGAGUCGGUGGAUGCUUUACGCGCGCUGCUUAAACAGGAGCAGCUUGAACAAUACGGCGAUCCUGUUACGCCUGAUUAUGUCUACGAAGUGAUUCGCAAGCUUCCGCGAUUUGCAAGCAUGAGAAGAGGACAUCAGCAGGACGCAGAAGAAUUCCUUGGCUUCUUGCUUGAGGGACUUCAUGACGAAUGUGUUCAGGUCAUGCAAGGCCAGCCUGACGAGCAGCCGAAGCAGAGCGUCUCAUUGCCAGAUACCGCAAUGUCUCCGGGAUCUGCCGACGGAUGGCUGGAAGUUGGACCUAAGCAGAAAGCAUCGGUCACCCGGACGGCUGGGCAGCAGGAUGCGCCAUCACCCAUCACCAAGAUUUUCGGCGGGCAUUUGCGCUCUGAGCUUCGCGUGCCAGGUCUCAAGGAUUCUGUCACGCUCGAACCAUACAAGCCGCUUCAGCUGGAUAUUGGAGCUUCUCACGUCAACAACAUCGUGGAUGCACUCAAGGGUAUCACUUACACCGAGGCGCUUACGGGCGACUUCGGCGGCAAGGGUACUACUGCCAAGAAGCAGGUAUUCAUUGAUAGCCUGCCACCGGUUCUCGUCUUGCACUUGAAGCGAUUCCAGUACGAUAACAGCUUUUCUGGAACCCAGAAGAUUUGGAAGAAGGUUGGAUAUCCACUGGAGUUGCAGAUUCCAAAGGAAGUCUUCCCACCAGCGAAGCGAGCUCAGCUGCAAAUUUCCGGCCUUCCCAAAUUCAGACUGACCAGUGUUGUCUAUCACCACGGCAAAUCUGCUGCAGGUGGUCACUACACCGUCGAUGUUCUCCGCCAAGACAGCCGAGAAUGGAUCCGCAUGGACGACACAGUCAUUCGCCGCAUUCGGCCAGAGGAUGUUGCAGAGGGAGGGGCAGAGGAAGAUCCGAAGAUCCUCGCCAAAGCACUGGAGCAGCACAAGGCUGACCAGGAUCUCCAAAAACAGCGCAACAUGUACCAGGGUUUGGACGAGGCUGAGAAGGAGCCAGAAGAGGAGAAACCUUGGUCCGAGGUCAACGGCCAUCCAAGCGGUCACAAGAAGAAUUGGAGCAAUGUGGCCGCCAAUGCCACCAACGGCACAUCCACGCCUACAAGUACAACAGGCAAGCGGACUCCAACAGCCAAGAAGGAAGGCGUGCGCGACAACAAGGUCGCCUACAUCCUGCUGUACGAGCGCAUUCACGAUUGAUCCACCUCUCUGAACCGCGUACAAGCUCAAAUUGCUCUCGACUUACGAUCCAUACCAUCAAGGCCGACGCCUAUGCAGAGUUGGCCGCAACGCCUGCCAUAAUUCUUGGCAACCGGAAUCCCACAAACCUCUUGGAGCUCCGCGUCGGCGAUAGCAGGCGCUCAGUAACUCACUAUCACCCCGAAUCCAACACCCUCCGACCACUCACCGGCUCGCGCGACGAUGACGACGACACGCCAAAGUGUAUUUGUAGGUCAACACUUCCGUGGAGACACUUGACGCUGAACAUGUGCGGAAUGAUCUCAAGAGCUUCGGCUUUAACUUUAGUAGUAGAGGCCUGAGAUCUGGCAUUGUGUGACGACAGUAAUGUGUCUGGUUUCGGAUGAAAUGUGUGUAUAGGAUUAGCACCCCCCAAAAAUGACAUAUUAUCACAAG